AUAGCCAAGUAUGUCAUGUUCUUAUGUUCACGACAGUUUGAUAAAGUUCUUCUAAGUUCAGUAACAGGCGGUGUUGCUUCAACGGUCCAAAGUCUUUCAAAGUGGUUUUUUAAUCUGUUCAUCAUGAAGUACGUGUUGUCAGUCUACAUUUUUACAGCUUUCUUUAUAAACCUUACCCACUGCAACUGCGUCUCGACUUGUCUGGACGCUUAUACAUCGGCUGCUCAAGGGUUAACAACUGAAGCUCAAAUCUGCCCUAUUUUUCAUAAAUACCUGGACUGUCUUCAGACAUCUUGUCAGGUAGAUUUGUCACCGUUUUAUCCAGCGGCUCAGGAAAUGCUGAAGCAAUAUGGCGUUUCAUGCAAUCUGAAUGCUGCCUCCAGAACUCAUUCUGGCAGCCUCCUCGCUGUCUUUGGCGCCAUGCUGCUCACAACAUACGGGAUCUUCAAUCUCUGAUCCUCUCUAGCUGCAUGAGAAAUCAUUGAGCUUCUAUCAUUUAAACUUUUGUUAUUAAAUCAAGUCUGUCAUCGAACAUGUUACUGAUUAGUAUUUUGUUUCACAUUUUUAUUGUCCUGUUUGUUCCGCUUAAUUUUUGAUUAUAUAAUAAACUUCUACAUUGCUGGGUAUGCUCCAGAUUUGUAACCCAAUUCUUUGUAAGGAAGAUUCAUUUUCGGAAGGUAAAAAUUGUUCAGGCAAUGAAAAUUGAGAAAAAGUAAUAAAUGGAAAAAAAACAAUGACAGAGCGCGAAUGGAAUGUCAUAGCAACGAGUGUCAUUGCGUAAAAGCUUUCUACUGGAAAAUUGUUCAUUCAAGUAUAUUUAUAUCUCUCUUUUUUUUUUCGGUCACUUACUAACCUUCGUCAAACAUUGCUAAGCGAAUAUAUAAUAUCUUGUCGUAUGUUUAUGUACAUUGUGUAUAAUACUUCAGUUAUUUUAGAGGCAUCCUUAAUAAAAUAAAUAUAAAAUACUUUAUUAAAACUAGUUU